AUGGCAAUAGUAGAGCUUGUUGUAGAGCUUGUUGUGUUUGAACCUGCAGUUGAUGACGAUACUGAGGGAGACGAGAUGCUACUUGUACCCGAUUGUGUUUGCGAUGUGACUGAGCUAGAUGGCGAGCUCGUUGGAGCAGCAGUCGGGGUGCUGGUGGGACUGGUGACCUGGCUACUCGUCGAAAUACUAACUGUCAAGGGGAGACUACUCGAUAACGAGGUGGUACUCAGUGAUGAUGAAAGGGUUGAAGUGGAGUUCGAAAUUGAGAGGCUUCCUGAUGCACUAGUAGACAAAGAGCCAGAUGUUGUAACACUAGUCGAAGAAACACGAGUGCUUGAUGACCCUGAGGUGGUAUUCGAGAAUACUGAUGACGUGCUUGAGAUGCUGCUGGUCGAUGACCUUGACGUAGUGCCAGGCGAAGAAGUGCUGCUGAGUGAACUUAUAGGUGAGGUGCUUGAAGAUGUAGUAGUUGAAGAGGAUGUAGAUGCUACCGAUGACGACGAAGAUGGCGUUGUCGAGGACGAGGACGAGGACGGUGAGGUGACUAAUGUUGACGAGGAGGAGGUAGAGGAUGUCGAUGUCGACAAGGAUGUGGAGGACGUUGGCGAGGAAGAGGAGGAUGUCAAGGAGGAAGACGAGGAUGAGGUAGAAGUGGACGAGGACGGGGUCGAUGUUGAAGAGGAAGAGGAAGAUGUUGACGACGAGGAUGAUGACGAGGUAGGCGUGGUCGAGGUGGUCGAGGAGGAUGUUGUGGACGAUGUUGACGAGGUGGUGGAUGAGGUGGUGGACGAGGUGGAUGAGGUAGUAGACGAGUCAGACGAGGUAGUGGACGUGGACGAGGUAGAUGAGGUAGUAGACGAGUCAGACGAAGUAGUAGAAGAUGUAGUGGACGAGGUGGACGAGUCAGACGAGGUAGUGGACGAGGUAGAUGAGGUAGUAGACGAGUCAGACGAGGUAGUAGACGAUGUAGUAGAUGUGGAUGAGGACGAGGACGAGGACGAGGAUGAGGACGAGGAAGAUGUAGACGAAGUGGUCGACGAGGUAGAAGACGUUGUUGUAGUCUGCGAGUUGUCGGGCACCGCACUCGUGCCAUAG